AAGACUUUGGUGGCUUAGAAUUUUUCCUGUCUUUGUCAGAACCGAGACCACCUCGCUUUGUCACCCUCCCAGUUCAUGGAUCGGUCAUCACUGUAGAAAACCAGCUUCACGCCAUUUGAUCUUGUGCACUACCCAAUUGCCUAGAGUUUGGAGAGUUUAUCUCUUUCUCUGAAUCAACGCUUUGUGCUCCCUAUUUUCAUUUACUUCAAAUCCUUACAACCUUCAGCACACACACCCCACUUUUUCUUUUAUAUAUUACUCCAUCUACCUUCGUCUAUAUACUUUAUAUACUCUGCAAUACGCAACCUCCUCUGCCAUGUCUGAAAUAUCUAGUCAAGAGCAGAAAACAGGAUACGUUAGCGAAGAAGAACCUCCUGCGUUCAAUAAUUAUUACGCACCGCUGUCCAAAACUUACAGCGAAGCUCAAAUUUUGCAGCAACAGCGCUAUCGUUCUAUGGUGUCGUCCCAAAAGAAUGACCAUGAACCUUUGAGGGUUUCGAUUCAAGAUCCAAAAAAGCUAUCAAGUGCGCCGACGUCCGCAUCUUAUACGCCAUCGACAGCCACCUCGUCCGGCCAUUCGUAUCAAAACUACCCAACUCGCUUGUCAUCUUCCUUUUCAUCAACCCAGCAACCCACCUACGAUCAAUAUGGAAGACUGUCAAUGUCGCAAACAAACGAAGUCAUAGAUCACUCAAGAGCUCACGAUUCUGAAAAGGUUGUCGAAGUCUCCCCUAACGAACGUUUUGCCAGAUUAAAUGCUCUCUUAGGUAAAGGUGCAUAUAAGGUGGUAUACAAAGCCAUUGACAGAGAAGAAGGCUAUGAAGUAGCUUGGAAUACUAUUCAGGCAAUGCCAUCUAUAGAUCAUCAUGAUCUUGAGCACGAAAUUGAGAUCCUCAAAUCCGUACGCCAUCCAAAUAUUAUCGCUUUCCACGACGCAUGGUAUAGCAACAAUGAAUUUGUCUUCGUAACGGAGUUAAUGACUUCGGGUACUUUGCGGGAGUAUAUUCGCAAGUUAUCCUUACCAAAUAUCAAGAUUGUCAAGCGGUGGUCUCGUCAAAUUUUGAAAGGCUUGGCUUACCUUCAUGGACAUGAGCCUGCCAUCAUCCACCGUGACAUCAAGUGCGACAAUAUUUUCAUCAACGGUGCACAUGGUGAAGUCAAAAUUGGUGACCUUGGUUCAGCCGAUGCCAAUGCUGUCGAAAGAUCGACCUUUAUGAGUACUGCCAAACGAUAUACAGUCAUUGGUACACCAGAAUUCAUGGCUCCCGAGAUGUAUGAAGAGCAAGGUUAUACCGAAAAGGUUGAUAUCUAUGCCUUCGGCAUGUGCCUUUUAGAAAUGGCAACAGGCGAAUAUCCAUACAAUGAAUGCAGAAAUGCCGCACAAAUUUACAAGAAGGUGACAUCUGGCAUCAAACCUGAAUGUCUCAAGCGAAUACAGAAAUCCGAGGUCCUUGUUGUGAUUCAGAAUUGUCUCGGACCAGAAGAGGAAAGAAUGUCAGCUCAAGAAAUACUUGAGCACUCCUUUUUGGCCGUCGAACCCGAUGUCGUUUUGUUGGCUGCAGACCCCACCCAUGUCAACCUGACACUGCAAGUUGUAUUCAAAGGAAUGGACAAACUCUCAGUCAAGUUUGAAUUCAAUGCCGAAACUGAUACUGCCGAAGAAGUUGUUCGGGAAAUGAUUGAUGAACAAGUCCUACCCGAAAGAUACCAGCACCAUAUAACCAAAGAAAUUAACCGCAUCCUGCGUGACUUGGAUAAGCCAUCUGAAUCAGAGCAGGCAGAUCAGGUUCGAAGAUCUGUUUGGAGACGAGAAAGUGAUAUUCGCUCUGAAUUGGAAGAUGCAAGACAAGGUUUGGCUAUGGCCAACGAGCACUUGGUGGAUAUUGAAAAACGAUGCGAAUCUUUGGAGCUUCAAGCCAUCCAUUCUGAAAACAAAUACAGAGAUGCUGUUAGACAAUUACGGGAUCAAGAGCGAGCGCUGGAAGCCCCUCAUCAUGCCUAUGCUGGUACUGCCAGUAGUGUUGCUAGCAGUGCUCAUCACUCUGAUAGCGAAGAACACCAUUCUCAGUCCACUGCCACCACUGUCAUAUCACCUCCUGGAUCUCCAAAACAGUAUGCCACUACCAAUGGAAUCCAUUUUAUGGACGUACCUAUCUCGGAAGCUUCGCUCUCAAGAAGUGCUAGCCUCUCGCCAUCAGAGCAUGACAUGGAGUUGAAAGAGAAGGAUGCCGGAGCGUUGAGAGAAGCUUUGGUAUCUCGCAUUUUAGAAGAAUAUGCUGAUGAUACUGAUAUUGAUGUGUUCGUUCGAGAUUGUGCCAUUGCUACUCAUCGGAAUAUGGACAAGGCCACGGAAUGGAUUAAAAAGCUCCAAAAUCAAGACAUCAUGACUGUAGGCGACCUCCGUGAUCUUCACGAUGAAGACUGGGCCGGUAUUGGAUUGACCGUCUUCGCACUAAGGGCAUUGAAAAAUAUGCUCAAAGGCAAGAAACUUGCUGGUCAAUCAGUAUUGGCUCUCUCCAAUACACAGUCCAACCCUUCAUCUGCUCCAUCCUCAGCCGGUGUUAGUUCACCGUGAACUGGUUUCAUAGGUUGUGACAAAAGACACGAAGUCGCCGCUCAUGAUUAUUAAUUGCUUCCCAUUCCAUUGUUAAAACCAUUUCCAAUUGCUUUACGAAUUUUUACUUGUUUUUUUUUUUCUUCAUUGUACACCUUCUUUCGUACAUUAUUUUCAGUCCUUCAUUUUCAAAACCAUGUAUCAUCACUGCCAUUAGAAGCAAAAACUAAAUUUUACAUCAAUGCUUCUGAUAUAUUUACAUUUAGCUUUUUCAACCCAUUCUGCCUUUUCUUCUUUCAUUCACCCAUUUAUAUGCUUUUCACCCCAAAAUCCCCUUUUGUAAAUACAAAUCAUACUUUUUUGUUUUGAUUUUAUGAUAAGAAAUAAAGAAACAUUUUCUUUUAUCCACUUUGAUA